AUGAGUAAAUAUAGUCUUCAACCACCAUCCUCUUCAUCCGCCUACACUUCAGUUCCUCAUUAUGAGUUCCAACAACAACCAUCCAUCAUGUCUUCCUCAUCGAUAGACAAUCCUCCACAUACAAUACCUCCUCCAUAUCCGGAGGGAUUUCCACCAACCCAAACCCAUCAACAACAAACUGCUGUGAUUUAUACAAAUCAUGGAGUCUUUGUACCAGAACAACAACCCUAUAUUCCGAGCCAAUAUGAAGUGAAUGGAGUUUUAAAUCCAGUCUCUCACACAAUCAUUCAAUACACGACAGGAAAUAAUGUAAAUCAAGGACAAAAGGCUCACGAUUGGAAUGAGAACCCAAAUUCAUGUUGUAUCAUCCUGUAA